GUGAUAUUCAUCUGGCACUGGUGAAUGCGGGUAGCUUGAAUUUGUCGACGUAAGCCUCUAUAGUAAAGUGUAUUUUAUGUUUCUGUUUCAAAUAAUAUUUAUUGUUUAUUAAAGAAAAUUAACUUUUCUUUGUUCAAUUACAUAGUACUUUUGUUAUGUAAUCAUUUUCCAAUUCGUAGAAUGAGAAAUGCUAUUGUUUUCGAUGUUUGGAAUUAUAACCUCAAAACUGCAAUUGACGUUUGUUUUUCUAUUUCAAUUUUAUGAUAAUUUGACAGUAUUAUAAUUUCAAAAAUUGUUGAUAUUUUUUCAAUUUGAUAACAAAUCUUACUUUAUCAUGGAAUCUGAGCUUGUCACAGAACUUUUACUUCCUGAAGGAUUGCCAGAUCAAUGGAAGGAGAACCCUGAUUUCUAUACGUAUCUCACAAAGCUUGGAGGCUACAGUGUUGAAAAUUUGGCAAAAGAGGUCGAUCGGAUAUCUGACGAGAAGGCAGCGAUUUUGAAUCAGACCCAGCAGUUGGCAUUUGAAAACUACAAGACAUUCAUACAAACUGCAGAAUGUUCAAGGCAGAUCUCCAAGGAGUUCAACAAAAUCGAGACGUGCCUGGAGUCACUGGUGGAUGGGCUGCCAAAGUUGUCGACGUCCUGUGAGGAAUUCGCGGAGGCGUCCAACCGCAUCAAAGCGUCGCGACGACUCAACACAUUGACGCUAACGCGUAACGCUCAGUUGCUACAGGUGCUGGAAAUGCCUCAGCUGAUGGAGACAUGCAUCAGACAAGGUCACUUUGAGGAGGCUCUACAGUUGUCAGCCCAUGUGCGACGUCUGGCAUCCAAGCACAAAGACAUUCCUAUCAUCGUUAGCAUAGUGGGUGAAGUGGAGUCGUGCCGCAGAGCGUUGCGACAGCGACUGCUGGCCGAACUCCGUACCGACGUGCGACUACCGCGCUGUUUGCAGCUGGUCGGCUAUCUGCGACGUAUGCUGCACACGUCUUCUCCGCCUGCAGAGUUGCGUCUCAACUUCCUCAUGGCACGCGACGCGUGGUUUCAGUCGCUGCUAGCUGCUAUUCCCACCAAUGAUGCGAACCAGCACCUGAUGAAAACACUGGAGCUGUCUCGAAUCAACCUGUUCAUAAUCAUGACUCAGUACAGAGCCGUGUUCUCCGAUGAUGACGACCCUCAGGCCUUGCAUUCCCUCUCCUCAUCCUCCUCGAAGCUGCAAAGCCUCACCAAUGCCAUCUUCCACAACUGGGUCACCGAAAAGAUCAACCAAUUCCUGGCGACACUGGAGGAAGACCUGAGUCGCGGCGUGGGCUUCUCACUGGGUUCACUGCUGGGCCAGUGCAUGUACUUUGGCGUGUCGUUCGGGCGCGUCGGCGUCGACUUUCGCGCCCAGAUUGCGCCCAUCUUUGUGCGCGCCAUUGGCGCCCACUUUGCCACCGCUAUGCGAAAGGCGACCAGGAAGUUUGAGACCGAUAUGGAGCGGCUGACACUGGCUAACAGGGACUACAAGCAGCCGGCUAACAGGGUUGAGGGGAGUGGUGACCAGGAUCAAGGGCCGCCAAUGGCCCUGCUGGAGUUCUACCCUGUGGCCGACUACUGCAACACGGCCCUGACCGCCCUCAAUGACCUGAGGCUGUGCGCUCCGCUCGCCCUCGCCAGUGACGUCACUCGUGCCUUGCGAGACUCGCUCGCCGCACUUGCCAACUGCAUUCUGCUCUUCUACAGACAGGAACAACAGGCAUUCAGCAUGCAAGAGAAAGAGGCGUUCACCCGACUGUGUGUGUGCUAUGCCGAUCACCUGUUGCCUCAUCUGCAGACAUGUCUGCACGCUGUCUUCCGGCCUGCCGAUCUAGCCAAAUACCUGGGCACCACUGUCUUCAAACUGCAAGAACAGAGACUAACCUACCUGGAUGAAGCGGACCUAGUGGCUCCAAUCAGUCAUCUUCUGCCGGUCAAAGUAUCAAGCAUGCAACUGCCCAGUAUGGCAAUUCCAAAAUCACCUAGCCCCGCCCAACAAUCAGCUGAUACUCAACCAAUCACAGCGCCGGAAAGCAAACAGCCUACCGAUUCUCAACCAACCAUAGUGAAGGAAAGCAAACAAACAGCUGAUACUCAACCAAUCACAGUACAGGAAAGCAAACGAACAGCUGAUACUCAACCAAUCAUAGCACAGGAAAGCAUCUCAGAUACUCCUUCGAUACCUCCAUCCGAGGAAAUUGAGACUGUACUACCUUCUAGUUGAAUGAAUAUUUAAUAUCUGGAGUAUGUCCUUGGAAAAUUUUGAUUUGAUCAAAUUGAAAGUAGUCUUAGUACUGUAUUUAAGAGCCAAUUUCAAGAUACCCUCACAUGUUUAGUGAGGUCCACGUUAUAAUGACAGUAUUUGAUCAACUUUGGUAUUGCUAUCCUUGUCUAUCAACCGACAUAGCCGGUGGUACUAUCCUUUUCGAGGUUCACAACGAUGACAAUAAUGUUUUUGACAGUGUAGAAAUAUAAUUAAUUAAUGCAGAGAAUUGGCAUCGCUACUCUUCUAUCUUUAUCUACUGCCAUUAUAACGUGGACCUCACUAUACAGUGAAAAUAUGAUUCCCAUGAGUUCUUAAGGGACUAUUCCCACCAAGUCCGGCUGAACGAAUAUGAAUAGUCCCAUUAGAAAUUAUGGGAAUAAUAUUCUCACUGUACCAGACACGUACACUGAUACUGAGGUAUUGGAAUCCGCCUUUAUGCAAUAAAUAGUACGGUACAUAAUUUAGUGGGUGAGCAUCUUGAAGUCAGCUGUUAUUGUGUUAUAGGACUUUAAAUCACUCAAGAAACAAUGCUCCAGGGAAUUCAUUGAAUAGCCUUUACCCUUUAGCAAGCACUUUUGUAAAUACUCAUGUAUAAAAUAUCAUUUAUGUAUUGUGUAUAGAAAUAAAGCUUUGUAGAGUA